AUGCUGUGGAAAUCGCUUGCGUCCGCUCUGCUCGCUGUUCUGCCUGUUGCUGAUGCAAAAACAGCAUGGCAACAGAGAAAGUUUGACUCUGCUGUUCCUUCGACACCGAAAACCGCUUUCAACGCUGAGAGCUUCAAGACCAAGGACGAUGCCCUCGCAGCUCUGGCGGGUGCAUUGGGCAAAGAUGCUUCAGUGACGCGAUCGGGCGACCUCAGAUACGGCGAGACUAUCAGCAGAAUAUGGACGGAGCAAAACAAAAUCUUCCCUGAUGCAAUCGUAUUCCCCUCCAGCGCCGAGCACGUGAGUAAGAUUAUGCAAUUCUACUCGCACGCAAACACCCUUUGGAAAGAUGGAUUUGCUGUCAUGGGCGGCGGCCAUUUGGAUACGGGCGGUGCUCAGUCGCCCAGUGUAGUCAUUGAUCUUCGCUUCAUCAACAAGACCGAAAUCAUCCACAGCAAAAAUAAUUCUACCGAAUGGCCUAUUCUCAAGGUUGGCGGUGGCUCGGAAGCUGGAACCGUCUUCUCCACACUCGAAGGCUCGGGCUGGGCCUUUCUAGGACCUCGCGCGGCAUCUAUCGGUGUCGGUGGCUUCUUGCUUGGCGGAGGAAUUGCUUUCCAGACUGGCAAGUAUGGCGUUGCUGCAGACAGUCUCAUGGGCCUCGAGGUGGUUCUUACCAACGGAAGCAUUAUAUAUGCCAACCCCUACAAUGAACACAAGGACCUCUUCUGGGCUGCUACUGGCGGAGGUUGGCUCGGCUUUGGUGUAAUCACCAACUUCUACAUCCAAGCAUACCCGGAUCCCGGCUUGGCAUACAUUGCCACUAUCGCCUGGGGUGAGGACAAGGCCGAAGAGGUCCUUUCUUUGACCACCGACUUCUUCGAGAACAACACAGAUGCUAACGCCUUCCCGGCGCUCCUGUAUUACUUCAAGGACCCCACAGCCAUUAACAGCUUGGUGCCCGUCGCAUCUCGUCAAUUCACUUUCCAGCUCAACGCCCUUCACUUUGGCGGCGGAUGGGAGGCACUGAACGCCAGCUUUGGCAAAUUUUACCCCAGUGCCGACACCGUGCAGCUGCAAGCAGUCAACCUUAAGGACCUGGAUCAAUACCUUCUCACUAACUACCCAUACGGAUAUCACCGCGAGUUCUUCGGCAAGAGCCACACCAAUUCUACAGUGCAGUUCUACCGCGACACUUUUUCCAUUUACAAGGAGACCAUUUACGGCAUGCUUGAGCGUGGUGAGGACCCAGGUCACACCCUCUGGGUCGAUGAGUAUGUCUUCCCUGGCUGGGCAGGCAGCGGCCCCGAGCAUGACAGCGAGACCGCCUGGCCACACUCAAUCAGCGCUCAUAUCACGUUGACUUCUGGCGAAUGGAGCUCGGACAACACUACGCAAUACAUGUAUGACCGCGACCGUGACGGCAUGAUGGCGUACCUUCGCGAAUUCCAAAACGGCCUUGGAGGUGCUCCCAUCUAUGACUACCCCAAUUAUAUCAAGGCUGCGGAAGUCUGGGGCGCAGAGAACUUUCACCGUUUGACCUCCAUCAAGGAGAAGUACGAUCCCUCGUGCCUGUUGAACAGAGGCCGCGUCCCUCCCACCUCAGCAUGUGUGCAGAAGGGCUUUGCAAACACUUAUCUCUAA